CCUGCCAAGAUUAUUAAUUUUGUACAAGAGUACAAAGUUGCGGUGCAGCAGAGUGUUACUCUUCAUUGUCAAGCUGAAGGAUUUUCUGAACCAACAUUAACAUGGAGUCCAUGCAAUAACGACUGCAAUACUGCUACCUUAACUAUUCCUGAGGUAUUGAAUGAUGCUGUCUAUACUUGCACAGCUACAAAUAGUGAGGGCAGUGAUUCAGCAAAUGCCAGUGUUGGUAAGUUGCCUCUCAACAGUGAAAUACUGGUUAGCUACAUGUAUUAAGAAUACGAUAAAACUACCCUAAUGCUACCUAGUCAAGUCAAUCUAGGCAUUUUCGGGGCUCAACAUCAAACCAAUUGCAACGGAAUUGUUUUCAACGCCAUUUGAGUAAUCUAGUAACAUACUAAAAAUCCGCCAAAAUCCGAUCGGUGGGACAUGUCAAAAUUAAGCGUUAAACAUUUUGAGCUUUAAGCACAGGGUAUCUACGUUAUUGAGCUAUUUUGAAAAAAUAGCUCACAUGUCAGUGGUGUGAGCGUAUGUAUCUUUGUGGCUUUGUAUCUUUGUGGCUUUGUAUCUUUGUAUGUUGGGAUGUUUGUUGCAAGAGCCAAUGAGGUUGAAGGUACUUUGAGUUGAUGCUUAGGAACCAGUGACAUCUUGGCAUCUAUUUAAACAUGGCCUUGGUAAAGGUCGAACAAGGGCACUUUGAGACCGCCAUCUUGGUCCUUCGCAAAUUUUCGUCUUUUAUUACGGGUACAGGUGUUUGGAAGAAUUACAUUAAAUAUCUUCAUGAUUCAAACGCUGUGUACAGUGAUGCAGCUGUUUAAGGGUUCAUAUUUUAGUGUGGAUGCUGCCUCAAGGCAUUUCUGACCUAAUUCGGCUAUCGGUGCAACGCAUGUCAGUAUGAGUUCUGUUUCACCUGCUACAACUGGGUAGAGUAUAAAAGAUCAUAUAUUUUCAAAGCUCUUCCAAUGAAGCAAUAAUUGAUAUUUAGAUAUAGACUUUAAUUCGAAAGUAUGCGCCCUAUAAAAUGUGGUUUUAGAAGUUUAAAAGGCAGCUUAUUUUUUUUGAAAGCUGUAUCGAGUAUUGUUAAUCCUGUAAACAAGCUUUAGAAUUAUUAUUCUCUCGCUUACAAAGUUCAACCGACCUUUUUCGAUCUAUUUAGAAAAGAUGCGUAACUUAAGUAGAAACAGUAGCGUUAGGGAAUAAAAUUGGAAGAAGCUAGUUGACACAAUAAUUAGAUACUGUUGCAUUGAGUGGAGUAACAUUAUAUAAGUAGAAAUAUAGUUCGGCGAUUUGAUAAUUUUCUUGGAAGUUAAUAAAUGUUAGGCUAUCAACCUUGACGUUGCAUGAAACAUAAUUUAAUUGCAGAUGUUGUAAUAAAGCGGAGGUGAUUUCUUAAAAUCGUUUGAGAAAAUUUUGUAGUAAAACAAUUUGCCUUUUUUUUUACCUACGAAUUGUAAAAGGGCCAAAGACCAACAUCUUCACAUGCAAAUUGUGUGCAUGAGUUAUUUUUAUAAUUCUGUUUACUAGAUUACUGUGUGAUAACUCGAAUUCCUUCACGUACGAACCACGAAAGGGGGCAAAGUCCAACACUUUCACGUGCCAGCUGGGUGACAGUACAUCUCCUGCAGAUUGACUUUUGACAAUUAUAAUAAUAGUAACUUGGACGUAUGAAGACCUGUUUCGUUUAGUAACCAAAGCUUUAAAAAAGGCUCUUGUCUUUUAAGCAGCAAUAGCUUUUAAAACAUGAAGAAAUAAGUUGUCGGAGUUAAAGACUGUUUCACAAAUGUUAAUAAAUGUUAGGUUAUCAACCUUGAUGUUGCAUGAAACAUAAUUUAAUUGCAGAUGUUGUAAUGAAGCCGAGGUGAUUUCUUAAAAUCGUUCGAGAAAACUUUGUGGCAAACAAUUUGCCUUUUUUUUACGUAGGAAUUGUAAAAGGGCGAGAGACCAACAUCUUCACGUGCAAAUUGUGUGCAUGAGUUAUUUUAUUAAUUCUGUUUACUAGUUUACUGUGUGAUAACUCGAAUUCCCUCACGUACGAACCACGAAAGGGGCAAAGUCCAACACUUUCACGUGCCAGUUGCGUGACAGUACAUCUCAUGCAGAUUGGCUUUUCACAAUGAUAAAUAGUAACUUGGACGUAUGAAGACCUGUUUCGUUUUGUAACCAAUGCCUUAAAGGAGGCUCUUGUCUUUUAACAAGCAAUAGCUUCAAUUUAAAACAUGAAGAAAUAAGUUGUCGGAGUUCAAGACUGUUUCACUGAGUAGAAUCGAAAGUGAAAACCUCGUGAAUUAUGAUGAUGCAACCAUCUACCACAAUGAUAAAAAUCCUGGUAUUUCGUAACUAUUCAGUAUUCGAUAGGUCACAUUUUGGCUUAAGAAACUCCGAGGAAACCGUGGAGUUUUCCUUCUAAUCAACGUUUUGUGAGUAGAAAUUUAUUUACUUUAACGAUUUGUUUAACUUGCACCAGAUGUAACAGGGAAAGACAGAAGAUAGUGAAUAUAUAGGAGGAUCGACUUAGCUGAGCGUUUCGCGUAUUCAUUUAUCUACCGCAAUACCCAAUUUCGCACAAAAACCCAAUCUACAUUUAGGAUGAAAAAGGUAGAUUCAUCACUCUUAGUAAGGUUGCACCGAGGCAUUAAAGUUACACUGAAGCAUUCAAAAUAGCUCAUGCACGUUUAACGUGCCUAUGUUGUGAAAUUAUACGUUAAAACAAAAAAUGCACAAAAUGUGUUUGUUACUUUUAUGGAAAAGUGAGAGAAGAAAGAAUAACUGCUACCUAGUUUUCGGUGAUAAAAACGAAGCGUUUCUUUUUUUAAAAAAAGGAUAAAACUUUAACACGGUUGGCUUUUGCACAGGAAGCCCUUGCUCCACUCAAGAAACCCCAAAAUAACAGGAGGCUUACAGAGCAAUAGAGUGAACUGUUGGCUGUAAAACUACAACAAAUUUAGUCGUAAGACUUUAAAUCUAAAAAAUGAUGGCCGUUACUUAAUCAUUGGUUUUAAAUGUAUAUAUAUUAUUUUUUUUAUCAGAUUUCUGUUAGCUGCAAGAGUAAGAAAUAUGAUAUAUCUAGUUGAAUUUUUAAAGAAAGUUACAGCCAAAAUAGAGCUCUCCCGUCAAACAGUUUUCUCUUUCAAAAACUGUCUCCAAGGAAGUCAACAUAAAAACUAAGAGUGCAGCCAUUACUUUUUUUUCUCUUUCUCCUCGCUCUAUUUUUCCUGCCUUUGUUGUUUUCUAGGGGGAUUUUUGGGCUCAUUUUGCCUUCGGCUUUUGGUCUUUUUCUCAGUCAAAAGACUGCAAUUUUCAUUCGGUACGUUUUCAGAAACCCGAAAAGAUAACCUGUACCAAACCAAACACUAUUUGAAACAUAUUUUUAUUACAUUUUUAAAACUCUUUUAAUUGUAUUUGAGAACUUCAUUUAAAACAGGAACCAAAUUCUAUUUUUAAUGGUGUUUUAACCUGUUUUAAAUGGUGUUUUAGCCUGUUUUGAAUGGUGUUUCAACCCGUUUUGAAUGGUGUUUUAACCUGCUUUUAAUGGUGUUUUAACCUGUUUUUAAAGGUGUUUUAACCCGCUUUUAAUGGUGUUUUAACCUGUUUUUAAUAGUGUUUUAACCUGUUUUGAAUGUUGUUUUAACCUGCUUUUAAAGGUGUUUUAACCUGUUUUGAAUGGUGUUUUAACCUGUUUUUAACGGUGUUUUGACCUGUUUUGAAUGGUAUUUUAACCUGUUUUAAAGGUGUUUUAACUUGCUUUUAAGGGUGUUUUAAGCUGUUUUAAAAGGUGCUUUAACCUGCUUUGAAUGGUGUUUUAACCUGUUUUUAAAGGUGUUUUAACCUGUUUUGAAUGGUGUUUUAACCUGUUUUUAAAGGUGUUUUAACCUGUUUUGAAUUGUGUUUUAACCUGUUUUUAAGGUGUUUUAACCUCCUUUCAAUGGUGUUUUAACCUGUUUUUAAAGGCGUUUUAACCUGUUUUGAAUGUUGUUUUAACCUGUUUUUAAAGAUGUUUUAACCUGCUUUUAAUGGUGUUAAAACAUACUCUUAAUGGUGUUUUAACCUGUUUUCAAUGGUGGUUUAAAUAUAAUCAAAAAUAACAUAAAAAUUUAUGCAUUUUCUUUGUAACAAAACUUUAAAAUAAAAGCAAAUUUAAAAAAAACACCAUUAAAAGCCAGCUGAAAAACCCUUUAAAAAUGAAAUCACUUAAUAUAUCCGGAGUUGUCUAAACCACCUACAUGUAUUUCUUGGGAAUUUUCUUUAAAACUAAAACUCACCAUAUUGACCCAGUUAAAAACGAUUGUUUGUUAAAAAUUAAAACAUUACUAGAAAAGUGUAUUCUAAAAUUGUCCAAUCAAAUCCCCAAGGUUCAAAAAAGUUUUCUCAUGGAAAAUAUAGUUUAUUUUCUUCUUUCCUACUAUAAUACAACUAUUACUGUAGCCAAAUUCAUUUCAACAAAACAAAGGUCAGAAGUUGUUGGUACAGUAAUAACUGGCUAAAACACUAAAGGAUCAUUCAAGGAAACAACAGCCACAGAUGUGGAAACAGAUAGACCGAAUUAACAAAAACAUAGAAUAGACUGCACUGGUAUAACUGAAAUAAAUAAGAAUGGUGGAAAGAUAUAAUUAUUUUUGUUUGCUCUACAUGAAGCUUGAUUUAAUAUUGCCUAGAGGUAAUGUUUCAUAAUAACAGGUACUGUAAUUGGCAAAACUAAGCGAAAGAUAACAUUCCUUGUAGCUGCCUGAUCCAACAAUCAUUAAGUUGUACUGUUGUUGGGACCGGCAAUUUUCCUCCACCAUUAAUUCAGUAAUGAGGGUUAGGGUACAAAAUAUAAUCUGCACUGUAUUGACAGAGUUCUUGUACAUCACACUGUUUUUGUUAUUAAUUUUCAUGACACUGUCCUACUUUCACAUGAAGUCUGCAUGACUGUUUGACACAUAUUACUUUUAAUGAAACAGUGAAACUCUAUUAAUACAGACACUAAGGGGACCAUAAAAAAAUAAAAAAAUAAAAAGCUGCUGCUAUAGAGAAGUAAAACAGGACACUAGCAUCAUUAAACUAAACAAUCUGUGUACAUUGACAUGCUGUAUAAAAUUAUUUGAAUUUAGAGAAAAAAGUGAGGAUUAAUUAUCAUACAGAUGUAGGUCCUAAGAAAACUUUUUAUUAUGACAAGGGGCUUGUAUAAAGCGGCUGUCCAUAAAACAGGGUUCAAUCCUAGAUGUAGUGUAGCAGGCUAUUUAAAGAAACUGGCUGGGAUAUCUACGUAGCUUAAAUAAACAACAAUUCUUUGGGAUUGUCAGAAAAGGACAUUACUUGUAUAUUUUCAAAGAGUUUAGUACAAGAAUGGUGCAACAAAAUGCUUCGGUGGCAUUUGCUUUUCAAUGGAAAAGUUGGAAAAGUUGGAGCUGUGACUAUAUAUUCAGUGAUUUUGGUUAAAAAUAGUUUUAUGGUGAGUCCUGGGACUCAUGUUGUGAAAAAUAUUGAGUCCCAGUCCAGAAACAAUGAGUCCCAGAUAAAAAAAUAUACAAGUUUGAAACUGCUUGGGCCUUUGUGUAACCAGACAGUUAAUCUGACUUAUUAGCUUGACAGACCCCAAAACUCUGUAUUACUGCAGUACACUGAAAUUAAAAUAUAGUCCUUCUAAAGGCUAAAAGAAAGAUGCAUCCUUCAACAACAGCCAAAAUAACUGCCACAGAAUAGAUUAGCGGGAUAUUUCUACAAAUACACAUGUUCAGAUUUUUUAUUGAUCUUUGCAUCCUUCGGAAUGCAUGCCAUGAAUAUUAUUAUUUUGCAUCUUUGGGAACUUUUAUGCAUCAGGGAUACAGGAUGCAGAGGUUAAAAAGUCACUGCAUAUUUGUUGUAUGGACAGGAGAUUAUUACAAGAUUUUGUCUUAGAACGUAAUCAAUGAAAAUACUGGAUGUCAUUCAUAGCUUGUGGUUGUCGCUUCUCCAGAAGCUACGCUGUAUAUAGCUGAUUCAGUAAAGGUUGGCUAUUGGGCAUUUGGGCAUACCAAACAAUGCAAUGAUUUCCCUGAGCGACCACCAAACAAUAGCUUACUAUUGCUCAAUUCCCAAAGCCCAAUUUAUUUAACCUGCUGUACAUGUGUGCAAUGUAUGUACAGUAUAAGGUCCUGAUUGUUAAACUAACUAAAUGUCAAAAUAUCAUGUUCCUGAAACUUUUUACUAAUUCCCAGGCAGAAAAAUAACCAUUUUAGGCUUAACUGAGAGUCAAUAUAAUAAGUUGAAUGUCUAUAAUAUAUAAUUUCAUUACUAAAUUUUACUUGCCAACUAUACAUACAUUCAUUCUCGCAAGACCUAGCACAGUAAUAUUUGAUUCCACUAAAUCAUCAUGAAGCUUGCAAGCCCUGGUUUUGUGAUUUGGUAUUGCUAUGUGUAAGCGAAAGAGGACGGACACAAAGCGUAAUGAACAUGACACAUUUGGCGUGACAGCAAGAAUGUAAUCUGAUCAAUUGUAACUGUAAAGGAAACGAGUCGUUUCGAUACGAACUUAAGCUGUGAAAAAAAUAAUAUUGCGAUUACCUGAUGUAUAGUUAUAGCGCGUGAACAAGAAAAACAUAUGUCGCGAAAUAUUGGUAGUACACCUCGACUGAAUCAAUUUGUAUCUGAACGGGUUGUAUCGCUUGGUGUAUCGAAAUUACUUCGUAUCAAAACGACCGGUAAGCGAACACAUAUAAACAAAAACCAAAACGGCUCUUAGUAAUAAAUUAAUUGACAGCGCUUUUCGAAAGGCUAUAUAUCCAACUGUCCUUUUCAUAACGCGUAUGCCUAUACGUUCCAAUAACAGAUUAUUCUAAAAUAAGGAACAAUCGUACUCACACUUUAUUCGCGGAGCAACUGCUGAAUACCCUGCCACUCUGUACCACCAUUGUUUUCGUUGGUCGGCGUUCUUUGAAGAACGAAGCAUAACACAAUAGAUGCUAUUCUUAUUCAAUGACAUGCAAAUAAGUGGCAGGGUAUUCUGCAGUUAAGCCUGACGAUUCGGAGACAUUUUGAUUCGUGAUUAAAACAAAAUCUGCGCGUCUGGACAGUCCACAGAGUUGAUAAAUACUCUUUUUGCGCAAUAAAGAGCAACUCUUCGCUAGUUGCAACCAUGAACAGCCGUCCGCCAUAAUUUUAAAGUACAAAGAUGCUUUGUUCCUUAGCACGUGGUUUUACCACGUGACUCUACUGCGCGGGAAGUGGUGCUCAGAAGCUACUGGGGCUGAUAAAAUUUUAUUCAUCCAGUAUGAUUUAUAAACGUAAGAUAACGAUGUGGAGGAAUUUCUUGAGCGUUUGGUUCUUCAUGCAACACGAGAGGAAGCGUUUAUUUAUAUCAUUUUGUUUAGGGCUUAUUUUAUCUUUUAUUCACCGUAUCCGGUUCUACGAGCGCGGUUAACUGCGGUUCUGUCUAAAUCGAUUAGAUUAUUUAGAUUGUAAAACACUGUAUGUUAAUGUUACGUUUAUAUGGUUGAUGCGAAUUUUAGAAGUUUCAAAACUUAGUAACUGAUCAAUGAUUGAUUUAAAAUCUGGCUGUGUAGAGAUAUACACAGAGAGAUUCGAUAAAUAACAAUUGGGGAUCGAUUAAUCUUUCACAUUGUCACACACUGUGACACAACGCGCCUUAUCAAACCGGUCGAUGAACUCGAAAUGCAUGCAUAUUUCGAUACUUUACUGUAUUUGACUGAUGAAGUUUAAGGCUGAUUGUUCGUUUUUGUUUGGAGAUACAUUAGCUCCUAACUGUCAUGACAGCUCUGUGCCUUGUUUUCUAGCGGACUUAAUAAGGCUAAAUAAUUUUGUGGCGUUUAUACUUACUGGUUACUUAUUAAGUACGCGCAUGAUUAGAAAUUGGAUGUGUCCAGAACUGAGAAUUCUCGUCAAUUUUCUUUUGGAUUGACAAUGAAAUAAUUAAAACUUUGUAAUUAAAUUUAAUUAAUUAAAACACUUUAACACUUCUGUCAAGAUGGCUCAACUCUAAGAAUAGUGUCUUUGUAGAAUGGGCAGUGCCUAGACGACGCGUUCUUAUUUCUUUUGGCCGGCUGUAUCUGCAUGUCUAUUGCAUUUUGUCUGUCAAGUCCGUGACUGCGGGUAUUGAUUUUUAAAUUACCCCGAAAACAGUAUUUAAGAGCAAAUGCACAGAAAAAUCGAGCAAACCGUGGCCACAGCUCAAAACCUAACCUACCCUCAUUUUAAGUCUGUAAUAAGGUUUUAAUGAAUUUAUAACACUGCUGAGGUUUAAUUUUCAAAAUGCGGCCGAGUUUGGGAAUUAUUUGAGAUUUUCGAUUUCAACGGUCUGCGGGCCUAAAAUUAGCCGCCGAACAAGGCAAUAUAGCCUAGCGACAGAAAUGAGCUGAAUUUCAUAAACGAGCGAAUAUAUUGCCAAUCUUCCACUUAAAUCUCAAAAAGCAGAUAUCUAACAAUUUCUGAAUGGCUUCUUUUUUAGAUUUAGAGUAAAAAAUAUCGACGAACCAGCAGAAUUUUGAAACGUAAUUCCGCUAAAACCAAAAUCGAAUUUUCUAUAUGGGGGAAUUCUCCAAAUCACCCCAAAUCCCGCUUACUACCUAAUGAGAUAUAGUACUUCAACAUUAUCUGAAAGUUAGUCUGGUGUUCUUGCGAACGCUUGUGAAAUAGAUUGAUUAUUUUGAAGUUAUUUUGCCUCAAACAACUGCUAAUUGACCCCAGGGUCAAUUGACACGUGCACGUCACCUUAGUUUUAUGCAUCGAUUUGAGCUCGUUAAAAGGGAGAAACCAGGGAGAAACUAACAAGACUCUUUUAUGUACCUGUUUUAAUGAAAUACACGCAAUCUUCAAAAGGAGAGGUCGUUCAAUGGGUAAUUUCUGUUUUUGAGAUCUUGUAGAUUGUACCAUGGCGUCUGCGAGUGGACCUGAGUCUAGGUCUGUUUUCCCGUGACUGCGAAAUCAGAAUAACAUCAUGAAAUAAUUCUCUCUCGAACCUUCGUAAAUGAAUCAGCUUUGCAGUGCCUUACCUGAGAUAAAAAGUGGGCAGAAUAGGAAAACAUUCUAGCGCAAUUUGGAUCCUUUGCAGCACGUAGUGUAUUUGCUAAGCGGCGAUGGUAUUAAUGACUUUUCUAAAAGUCAGGUGAGUAACUAAUUAAAAUUAGUUACUCACCUCCGAUUGCGUGACCAGGCAAUUAUAGAUUGUCUCCAGCGAAAAAUAAGUGCAUGUGAAACCAAAGCUUUCGGGAUACAGUAAAUUCAUUUUCCUGUAUGACCAGGUGUCCUUUUGUCCUAUUUUAAAAGCGGUUAACUAAGAUGAUUAGCAAACAUACUGUCCCACUUUUAAAAAUGGUACAGUAACUGAAUGCUCUGUUCUUCUGAUUUUACCCCUAACCCCGGAGUGUUCAGAAGAUAUAUUUGCACUACGCAUGAAAGGCAAAUGGAUUAAAUUUUAAGGUUCAAGGCGGUUUUAAGGCAUGGGUUACCAGUGGAUUAGUCAGACUUGUCAUAAGGUGCAUUGAACAGAAAAUUACAGGCAUGAUAUCUCUGCUAUUGUAUGUCCAUUAAGUGAUUUUCCAUCAAACAUUAUUUUUUUACUUUUUUACCCCAAAAGUUUUUUUCGUUCAAUUCUUAUCUGUGAGAUGUAAACUUAGUUAAAUUUCUGUAAUUUGUUGUUAAAUGCAAAUCUGCAAACAACUAAGUAUUUAAUUUUGCGUAAAAGCUACAUGAAAUUGUACUGUUUAGCCGUAAAUCAUUAAAAAGAGAAAGCAUCAUGCUUUCUCUUUUCAAGUCUAGUAGGACUUAAGCAAUGGCAUUGCUUAAGUCCUAGUAGUUCUUCUCCAUGUCUGCUAAGGGGGAAAUAGUUUGCUCUUUUCAAGAAAUUGUUCUUGCCCAUUUCGGUUUCAAACCAAGGAUAGCAGCAAGUCUGUCGUGGUCAUAUCCUGCUACUUCAGUGCAAACGAAGCAUAGGCGCACAAGUCAGCGCUUGCGUUUAGUCAGGUGCCGAAAAUGAAGUGGAAACUUAACCCUAAGGGCGUCCAUGUUCGCUCCGGCUCGAAAAGGUAGAAUCAGUUGUGCAGUAAAAAGUAAUGCGAAAAACCUGCGGGGGCUGGGGAAAGAAAGGCGUCUUAUUUUUCUUUGGCUUGUUCUAUUUUCGCGACGUGCUACAGGUUACGAAAUACUGACAAGCUCAAUAUAUGUCUUCACCACCGAGAGUCACUUGCCCUUAGCCAGACACGCCCCUCACGUAUCAUGUUUCGUUCCUAAAGUUAUUUCAAAGCACAGAACCAAACCUAAUCAGCGGCCGAAGGCAGAAAAGGGGAUGAGCAAACGGAUGUCACGGCAUAUUUUGCAAGAAACCGGUGUCCUUGUGCCUAUCGGCUCAGGAACGAUUGAUUACUACUAGAAUAAAUACCAGGGUCAGAAUUUGAGUGCUACAAUGGGAGGGAAGGAAGAAAAGAAAACCGCCGCGCGCACCUGUUAAGUCUUUUAUAAACUUUCUCGUCCUGACGGUCUCAAAGAAGGGCGUUGUGGCUGCUAUUUAAUUUACAGUGUCUGUUGCAGGAGUCGAAUUAAUCCUACAGCAACUGGAAACGUGGCCACGCCUGCUGAAACUGAGAUUGCUUGUAGGAUAUUCGGCUAUAGCUUGGUAUAUUCACGAGCGCGUUUUGUCCAGUGAACUGAGCGCGUAGUUUUUCUUAACGAAGGGAUGGGGUGGGUCAAGUGAAUAUUUCGGGGAACGUUUGCUCUCUUUAGUAGUAGGGGGGGAGUAUAUUUGUUGAUAUCAGGAGUUCUGGCCUGGAUAGAGUCGUUGUAAAGCUAUUUUUGCUUCGGGGUAUCGGUUUCCCGGAAGCUGAGCAAGGAAAAUUCAAUGGUGUAUUUAUGGAAUAAUAAUAGAGAUUCUCAUGGUCUAACAGUGCGAAGAUUAGACUUCUGGUAAGGUGGCAACGAUCAAGGCCCGCAUUAUAAUUCAUGAUAAUUGAAGGUCAUGAUGUGGAAAAAGCGACUGAAAUGGUGGAUGCCAUGCAAUCCUCUCGGGUGGGGGCGGGGCACCUGGCCUUAACGGUUGCCCCUUCGACAGAAGGCAAGCAUGCCCAGAUUGUCCACGGGUUGCUAAAUGAGACCGUCCCUUUCUUAGUACCCGUUCCCUGUCUUUUUAUUAGACCCGGGCAAAUUUCUCGAGAUUGCACCAUCAUUUUGGGCUUUUAAGCUUCCAAAGUCCAACAAUAAUAGCGCAUGUUCGCGACGGUUUUUUAAGUCAGUCAAGUUCUUAAACCAGGCCUUAAACGGCCAGUUUUAAGUGUCGAUAACAGUUAAAAAGGCAUACAAGCCCCAUGCAAAAGACAGUGGGAAGGAAGUACACAUCGGUGAUGGGGAAAAAGGACUAGCCCACAGUUAUUUAGGGGUGGAUCUUUCGAAACAUUCUUAUACUCUUGUACAGAUAUGCAUUGUUUAAAGUUUUAGACAAACCAGGUGUAAAUUUAUAGUAACAAACUGUUAAAUAUACAUCAGCAAGAUUUUUGCGAAUCCUAUUUUUCGCUGGAGACUAUCGUUUACUGGCUGAUCACGCAAUCAAAGGCAACGUACUUUCCCACGUUUGUUUACUGACCUUUCGCUCGGCAAUACACUGCGUUCGACAAAGGAUCCAAAUUGCGCUGGAAAUGUUUUGCUAUUCGGCCCACUUUUUAUCUCAGGUAAGGCAUUACAAAGCUGAUUCACUUACGAAGACACGAGGGAGAAUUAUUUCUUGAUGUUAUUCUGAUUUCGCAGUCACGGGAAAACAGACCUAGACUCAGGUCCACUCGCAGACGCCAUGCUGCAAUCUUCAAGAUCUCAAGAACAGAAAUUAUACCCAUUGAACGGCCUCUCCUUUGAGGAUUGCGUGUAUUUCAUUAAAACAGGUACAUAUUAAAAGAAUCUUGUUAGUUUCUCCCUUUUAACGAGCUCAAAUCGAUACAUAAAACUAAGGUGACGUGCACGUGUCAAUUGACCCUGGGGUCAAUUAGCAGUUGUUUGGGGCAAAAUAACUUCAAAAUAAUCAAUCUAUUUUACAAGCGUUCGCAAGAACACCAGACUAACUUUCAGAUAAUGUUGAAGUACUAUAUCUCAUUAGUUAGUAAGCGGGAUUUGGGGUGAUUUGGAGAAUUCCCCCAUAUAGAAAAUUCGAUUUUGGUUUUAGCGGUAAAUUGUUGUAUUUAUAAGCAUUAUGCAAAUUACGUUUCAAAAUUCUGCUGGUUCGUCGAUAUUUUAUACUCUAAAUCUAAAAAAUAAGCCAUUCAGAAAUUGUUAGAUAUCUGCUUUUUGAGAUUUAAGUGGAAGAUUGGCAAUAUAUUCGCUCGUUUAUGAAAUUCAGCUCAUUUCUGUCGCUAGGCUAUAUUGCCGUGUUCGGCGGCUAAUUUUAGGCCCGCAGACCGUUGAAAUCGAAAAUCUCAAAUAAUUCCCAAACUCGGCCGCAUUUUGAAAUUUAAACCUCAGCAGUGUUAUAAACUCAUGAAAACCUUAUUACAGAUUCAAAAUGAGAGUAAGUUAGGUCUUGAGCUGUGGCCACGAUUUGCCGAUUUUGCUCGAUUUUUCUGUGCAUUCGCUCUUAAAAUCUGUUUGAAAAUAUAUUUGGUUGAAUUUUUUUCCUUUAAAGUAUAUUUUUUAGUUUCCAAAAUGCAGUUUAAAUACGGUAUUUGAAAACAUUUUAGCAACCCGCCAGUACUCUCUUUCUGAAAAUAUAGUUUGAAUACUGUAUUUAAAAUGUAGCUUUGAUAGCAAAUAUGUCUCAAAUACAAGGAAAACCUGGCAAAAUGUUAUAAAUACUAUUCAAAUAGAUGUCAAAUACAGUUCAAACGUCUAACGCCAUUUUGGUUUUAGUCGCAAAAUAUUUUAAAAAUACCUCAAAUUGUGGUAAAAAUAGUUUUUAAAUCGUUUAAAUAGUUUUAAACUACUUCACAGACAGUUUUAAAAUACAGUUGAUUUGGUGCGGGUAAUGCUUUGGCUUUUACGGCUACCUAUACAUUAAUUUUCGUUAACGUACUGACAUCCUCAAAUAUACAAGUUUCACUUUUUUGAAGCUUUUCGUUUUCCUCUUGUUAAAAUAGAAUUGGAGAGGAGGGGAGGAUAGUUUUAUACUAAUUCUUUACGAUGCACCACAAUACAGCGUUUUUGAGCAGGUUAAGCUCUAAUGCCUAUGAAUUUGAUGCGAGGGAAAUUGGUUUUCAUUUAAGGAAAAGUGUUGUUACCUUCGCAAAAAAAUUAUAAUGGUUAACGGAACAUUCAUCGCAUAAGAACUUUGGUUCCAACAAACGUUUGUUUCAAGAAAACGAAAUAGUAUAAUAGAAAGCAGGUUUUGAAGAGAAAGAUUAACUCCGGGUAGCCAAAACAAGGGGUAUGUAAAAAUAUAUUGUAAAAGUCUAUGGAGUAACGGAAAUUCCCCACGCAGAACAUAAUUUACGAAACUCAGUCAAAAGGUUAACAUGUAGUAAGUUGAAGUGUUACACAACGCUCAUCCGAAGAGAAACAUAGGCUCCGCAAAAAGAGGUGAGCCAUCAGAAGCUAAGUCAAGUAAGCCCAUUAAUGUCGUACAUAUGUCAAGUACUUUCGCACCUUCAUUGACCGCUGCAAUUAUUUUCAGACGUAUAGGAUCCCAUGAUCGUUAUGGAAAAAGAGGUCUUCAUUUACCAAUGGACGAAAAAAAACAACUGGUCAAGGUUCAGGGUUGUUCUCACAAAAGAAAUGCAAGGAGGGAAUAUAACAUAACAUAACAUAACAUAAACUUUAUUUAUACUCGAAUUUUAGAGUCGCUAACAAGCUAGUAUGUUCAAGCUGACACUACAUGAAAAUAAUAUAGAAAUAUAUAUAUAGGAAGUCUGUGUUUCGAUUUAUAAAAUAACAUAGAAAUAUAUAUAUAUAUAGGAACUCUUUGUUUCGAUUUUUUUUUGUAUAUAUAUAUACAUUAAAUGCAUUGCAAGUAAUAAUAAUAAAAUAAUAAUAUUAAUAAUAAGCACAUAAAAGCAAAGAAAAGAAAACAUUAUUUACAAUUUACAAUUUUAAGUUUAAGUAUGUCAAGCAAAAAGAAUCUACAUGAAGGUAACAUCCUGUAUUUUGGUCUUAAACUCUGCAAAAAAACUGGUACGAAAAAAGUCCAUGCAAAUGCAAAUUUUUUAGCUGACCGAAGGUGAGCAAAAUAUCAAAUCAAACUGUUCACCAUCAGUCAGCUACUAAAUUUGAACAAGAGCCAUAAUGGCUCAUUAUGGCUCUUAAUUUGAAUCCAUUCUGCAGGUAUAAAGAAAUACCAGCCUGUAAAACUGAUAACAUACUGUGAAAGGUUUGAACCUAGGAGUCAUUUCAAAAGUACGUUGAGUUUGAUCGUCUGGGUGAACGUGGUCCUGAAUAGGACUGUUGUUGUUGACAGUGACUGACGUUUCGACAACCUGUGUGGUAGUCAUCUUCAGAGUCAAAGUGAGUUGUAUCACGUCAGUUGAUGGUAUUAUACUCUGGUUAUUGAUCUGAUUGGUCAAUUACGUCGCGAUGUUAUUGGUCGUCUGUCAGUUAAGCCGUGAUGUCAUUGGCUAUGAAGACUCGUAGUCAGUAGUUGGUGCGUUUCGAUCCGUCUAUGGUCACAGUUAAACAGUCGUCUAUUGUUAGUCAAAUUGUCAGUUCUCGACAUGUAAACGUAUUCUACAGACUACUAUCAACGCCUUACUUUAGAAAGCUGGUUUACUAACUUAGAGCAAACGCCACUGAAACGUAGCCAACAGUUACCAGCGCCGUACAAACGACUUAUUGGCGAGAUCACGCAAAACUAACUACGAGAGAACGAGUAGAUAACUGAAAAUUUGACUAACAAUAGACGACUGUUUAACUGUGACAAUAGACGGAUCGAAACGCACCAAUUACUGAUUACUAGUCUUCAUAGCCAAUGACAUCACGGCUUAACUGACAGACGACCAAUAACAUCGCGACGUAAUUGACCAAUCAGAUCAAUAACCAGAGUAUAAUACCAUCAACUGACGUGAUGCAACUCACUUUGACUGUGAAGAUGACUACCGCACAGGUUGUCGAAACGACAGUCACUGUCAACAACAACAGUCCUCUUCAGGACUACGUUCACCCGGACGAUCAAACUCAACCUACUUUUGAUAACAUACUUACUGCAUUUCUGAUAUUUCGGGGAAAAAAAGCAAUCAAUUAUUGUUUUUAACCGUGUUAAAACAGAAUGACUAAUAAUUUUCCUUUUAAAUACCGUCAUAGAAAAAAAUUAAAGCUUGGAAAACAGAAUGUGAAGACAGGGGAGAGGCUGGGUAACCUGUGCAGAGCCGUCAAGACGAAACACCUACCCUGGUGUUUCUCGCACAUUAAGUCAGCGAUUUUUAAAUCAAAACUACCCGAAAUACAUUAGCGAUGUUGUAUCGAAAAUUCUUCAAAGAAAAAAAAAGUAAUUAUCAGAUGUUUUGUCUGAAUUUGGGAUCUUCCUGAAAUUGGGUCUCCUGUGGUGAAAGUCGAAAAUCUUUAUUGUCAAUUUUUCUUUAUGUUUCACCGAACCGAUUUUGACGGACUUUUAGUAUGUUGUUAAGAGCAGUAAUCUUUAAGAUUCCAACUAUAUUGAAAAGUCGCUGCCACACUAUCUCACCGAAUUGCUAAAAAUUGGCAUGUAGACUUGAUUUGGGGUCUUUAAUAAGGAAUAGCUAACUUUAGGUUCUAACUCCUUCCAUUUCGGAAAUUAUCGACAUGGCCGGUUUUUGGUUACCUCGGACCUGCGCCAUAUUGGUUAAUACAAGCUGUUUUUGAACCUUCGACUACAAUCCUGUCUUCAAAGCUAAUCUUCCUUUAACGAAACACAUUGAGAGAACUAUCCCUCUUCAUUGUAUUUUUAGAAACUACUUCGAAAUUGAUAACGUUUUCGCAACGAUCGAUUAAAUUUUUGGAUGGUAUACUUUUUGAAUUUUUUACACCCACUAAAUUAACAGAAAUUCAAAGGCGUAUAUCUCUCUUGCCACAUCGCAUUGAAACUUGCCACUCUGCCUGAAUACUCAUUGUUUGUAGUUAAAUCGAGUUCGUUAAUAAAAAAUUUGGGCAAAUUUAACGGAGCAGAAACAAAAGUAAUGAAUGGAAGAGUGUUCUAGCGACUUUGCCAAUAGGUGGUUUUCAAGCAAUCUCGGGGGACACAAAUAACAAUGGUGAAAUCAACAAAUGCUGGUGGAUAAACAAAGCGAGCUAAUGAGCGAUCUUUUGUUUACCGUCCACCAGCAUGGCGGUGAUGACGUAACGUGAAAACCGCCUAUAAGCUUUGCACCGAAUACUCGCCACGUGUUGCAAAAAUUACAAUCGAUAAUAGAGUUUCUGUCACUUAAUCUGAGUGAUUUGUGUAAUAAAAUUAACCCUGUAAUAUUAGCGAUAGCUCUGCUGCGAAAAACAGUAUAGAAAGGCAGAUUGUGUAAGGAAAAGGAAAAUGAAUUUGUUAUAUUUAUGCUACGACGCGUAAACAAAAUGCAACCAUCACAGUCGAACUGGAAUUUUCCUGAUUUUCCUCCAGUUCCUUUAUCGAAACCAGAGCUUUUAAAAUUAACCAUAAUAAUGAAAAUUGAAAUGUAUUACCUCACUCGACGACAAAGAUGCCAGUUUCCAUCUUGAUAGAAAAAAAAGUACUAUUUUCCCACGCAUAUCGCGGGUCGUCACGUUCCUUGCAUGGCGUUACAACUCGCGUGAAACAGCCUGGUUUCAAACAACUGAACUAAAGAAUCCGUGAAAAUCUUAGCCAGGCAAUAAAUAAUGGAAGUUAAUAUAAGUCAUCAUUAUUAAUGAGCGAGGAUACGAUGAUAGUUCCAGCUACAUGUAUUUACAGCGUUUGAGGAUUCGCUCAAAACUCAUGAGACAUAAGCCCUUGAAAUAAACAUCCUUACUUCCGGUUUUACCAAUUGGGCGUUGGCAAAGUAAUAAAUAGAUUCAGUCUAUCUUGUACACCAUUAACAACGGUUCCGUGAAAAAUUUUCAAGUAUUUUGUUCCAAUCACGAAGCUCGUUUUGAGGAGAUUCUUGGCCUUUCCAUAAAGUAUUUUGCGAUAAACAGGAAAAUUGGUUUGGAUGGGGUUGAGAAGAAUGAGGGAUGAGCACAGGAGAUGCAAAAACUCCAGUCACCUCACCGAGGGCCUUCAAAACCGUGCGCAAAUGCCCCACCCUAGGGACAAUUCUAGAUUUUCAUUUUCUUGAAAAAGCUUAAAAUCGCUAGUCCACGCAUGGAUAACUCAAGAGAGUCCUAAUUCUAAGUAAAGGAAACAGUAAAGAAAAUCCAGUUAGCGACCAGAGUAUUUAUCCGAUUUCGCGAACAAUAAGGGUGUUCUUUCACGGAGUGAUUGAAGAUGUGUCUGCAGUUUAAUGUAAAAUCAUUCACCAUGCUGACGGACCUUUCGACAACGUAAGUGUACCGAUUGACGUAAUAUCAGUGGUAAAAAACGAACGCUUUUCACCGUAGGACGAUGACGUCAUCAUACAAAAGGCGUCUUCACUCUGGCAUCCUCAAUUUCAAACCGUCAAAACCUAAUUUUCUCUGCUCGUCAACUCAAAAACGCCUCUAAGGACAAGUAGUGGUAAUAUUCUUGUUAGUAAAACGUCCAACAUAAGAGUAAUAAUUCAUAAUCAAUUUGUUCAAUGCAUUAAUAAAGGGAUACAUUCUCCUUUACCCUUAGGGACAGAGUUCAAAAGCCCAAAAGAUUUUUAUUUCAGCUCUAGCAUCUGUCUAGCGAUUUGCCUUGAGCUUCUCUGAAUUUUCGAGAUCAAACAAGCUGUGCCCGUCGUACAUAAUCUUGCCUGGGCUCCCUUGCAAAAUUGCACUUGAUCAGAAGCCUUCAAGUUCAUCGUCCGCCGCGACAACUCCAUGAUCUAUUUUAAUGGGUGAUUUUCUGGAACUAUCCUAUGGUUUGUCCUUUCUGGUCGUCACUAUAUUAGUGAGCAUGUUUCAAUUUCUCUCCAGCAAUAGUCUCUAUCAGGAGCGUAGCCAGGAUUUUCCAGGUGUGCGCACAAUUUUCAAAACUUACCCUCACUACUUACUCAGUUCUCCCGUAACGUUUCCCCAUUAGGUUGGCUAAUUCUGUUAACUAGGUGAGGUUACGCGUGGAUGAAAUGGCAAUUGCAAUCGGUGAGAAAAUUAGGUUAGACACUUUGCCCUCAAGGACGGCUCUCACGUUUUGCUGACACUUUCUACCUUAAAAGGGGAAAAUGGGGCUUUGCCUUCCCCACUCCCUGUAAACAAUGUCGUUCGGCUGUUCAAACUAAAACUACCCAACUUUAAUUUGUAAUAAAGGUAUUAAGAGUAGGAAUCCAAAUUGUUUUCAAAUGUUCUUUCAAAUGUGCCCCAUGCAAAUGGCGUGUUUCACUGAUUUUAACACGAAGAUUGUGAAGCAGUGUCUAGUGAGUACGGGGGCUAAUGCUCCAUUGUAAAAAUUUGAAAUUGAAAAGAAAAAUCUUGUAUAAUAGGAGUACACAUUUUUAGUUAUUUUAUCGAGUUGUGAAAAAACACAAACUUGUUUCUUCUUGAAUUUGUUAUACUCUCAUCCGGUUUGAGUGUUUUCAGUCUUUCCGAUAUGCCCGUCGGAUAUCGGAAAUUACUGUAAAUGAUCGACUAAACGCCGCGGCGCUAAUUUCAUUUUCCAUGUUAAAGGUGCGGCGCUUAUUAGGGAGCGACGCUUAUUUCAACUACAGGGACAACAGAAAGGGGAAUGCAGAGAGAACUCAGCGUUGGGCAAGAAAAAAGAACAAAUAUGCACAUCUCGAACUGUUGUAUGAACCUGGUUUCGAAAGUUUCCGUACAUUAAAACUUUAGAACUCACGAGUGGGUGUGGAUCUUGUUUGUCAAACGAUAUGGUUUUGAUAUCUUUUUAUAUCAAGCGCCGUAACAAAGGUAGGGCAUUUAUUUGUUAGCGCUGCGGCGCUUAUUCGAGAGCGGCGUUUAUUUGAGAAGCGGCGCUUAAUCGAUCAUUUACGGUAACUUCCCUUUUCUUUGUAAAAAAAGGAAAAAAUGAAAGAUUUCCCCCUCGUCCGCGUCUUAGAUGCUUUCAUGUGCGUUGGUUAAAUUUUCUAUUCAUAACCUAGUACGCUUGUAAUGGCGCAUUCUGACGUCAUUCAUCCUUAAAAAAUUUGUUUGUUCACCGACAACGUGAAGAAAAUACAGUCAUCGGGCGUAGUCCAUGUUAACAUAAGUGAUCACUCUCUUGUGUUUGCCAUUCUCAGACAUCGGAACCGAGAAUACGAUCUCGGGAAAUACGAUUUAGAAGCCUUAAGAAUUUUGAUAAACAGCAUUUUCUACAUGAUUUGCAUAAUGUUCCUUUCCAAGUAGCUGAAAUAUUUGACGACGUUGACGAUAGGCUCUACGUGUUUGAUUGUUUAUAUGAGGACAUUCUUAGUAAGCACGCACCUUUGAAACAGGUCCGCAUAAAGGGAAAUCAAGUUCCCUUUAUGAAUGAACAGUGGCGCAGAGCUAUUCGUCAGAAGAACCGUUUGUGGAAGUGCUUCAUUCGUGAAAGAACUGAUACUAAUUAUGAAUUGUACAAGAGACAAAGGAACAUUUGCACUUCUCUAAGACGUAAAGCUAUUAAAACUUUCUUUGACAAGAAAAGUGAGUCGGAAAACCCAAGGGAGUUUUGGGACACAUACCGCCCAUUUUUGCAUUCAAGGAAAAGUACGCAAGCUAAUGACAUAAUACUAAAAGAACACGAUGUCGUAAUAACAGACAAGAAACAAAUACCGGAGCUUUUUAAUAGUUAUUUCGUGAACAUCGCGGACGGCGUGCCAGAGAUUACUGAACAGAUUUAUGGAAUAGGGUUUGAUCCACAUGCUAGCAUUCAGGCGAUUUUUAAUAACAAUGAGCAGAUCGCUGCGAGAAACAAUUUUGCUUUUCAAUAUACUAAUAAAACCCAAGUGGAAGCUUUGUUACUCAAAAUCAACUCCCGUAAAUCCUGUGGUUAUGACGGAAUACCACCGCGACUGGUAAAAGAGUCUGCCAACGCGAUUGCUGGUCCUAUAGCUGCAAUAAUGAAUCACUCGAUUAGGACAGGACAGUAUCUGUCGCGCUUGAAAUUAGGUCAAGUUACUCCUUUAUUUAAAAAGGACGAUGAACUAAACAAAAGCAAUUAUCGACCAGUGACCGUACCGUCGACACCAUACCUCAUGCUUUGCUAUUAGCAAAACUGAAAGCGUAUGGCUUGCACGAAUCCAGCUGCGCCCUUAUCGGUGACUACUUGACGGAUAGAAGGCAGCGAGUGAAAAUUGGUGAUACUUAUUCGGAUUGGAUGAGUGUGAAGCGGGGCGUGCCUCAAGGCAGCGUCCUGGGGCCCAUGUUUUUCAACAUGUUCCUCAACGACCUCAUCUUUCACAUUAAGUCUGUAAAAUUAAACACUUAUGCCGAUGACUGCCAACUGCACUCAUCUGAUGUAGACCCAGUAGCCUUGGAACGGCUGAUCAAUCAUGAUGUACAAAUAGCAAAUAAAUGGUUCGAAGACAAUGGGAUGAAAGCAAACCCUGCUAAACAUCAAGGGAUGGUUCUUGGCAAAACCGAUUACCCUUUCUCCUUUUUAACCACAAGAUGCCUGGAUCUUUUUGGAAUAUCUCUAGACAAUGAACUUAAUUUCAAGGAUCACAUAUCCUCUGUAUGCAAAAGAAUAAAUAAUCAGCUCAGUGUCUUCAAAAGAUUUGGCAAACUUAUCUCAUCUGAAAUUAUGCUUCGCCUUUAUAAAGCGUUUAUCUUACACCAUUUUCACUACUGUUCAAUGAUAUGGCACUUUUGUAAUUCAGAAGAUUCUGUCAAACUGGACACCUUAAAUAGACGUAUUUUAAGAUUUGUUUUAAAGGACUGGGACUCGAACUAUGAUGCUCUUCUAGACAAGGCUGGUGUGUGUGGUUUAGCCAACAGGAGGAUACAAAAUAUGAUUUGUAUAUUCAAAUGUCUCCAUUUUGGUAAAUAUCCGUGCUAUUUAAAACAACUGAUCAAGUUAAGAUUUACUGCUUACUCCCUACGGGGUACUAAUAUUUUAUCACUUCCUAAGCCGUCUACAACCACAUAUGGUCUAAAUUCCUUUAGCUAUUCAUCCGUUAAGUACUAGAAUUCUCUACCUGAUCACUUUAGAAAGACUGUAGAUUAUAGUGAAUUUAAGCGCAAAUUGUUAGUGCACGGUUUUAGUUAAUACUACAUUAAUUAAUAUUAUAUUAUAUAUGUUGUAACUUUUAAAAUUAGUUAGGAUCGGAGAUACUAGCUAUGUAAGCUACACUAAAAUCCGAGAAUAUAUAAAGUUUAUGUAUGUAUGUAUGUAUGUAUGUAUGUAUGUAUGUAGACUGAAGUAAAGGUCUCAUGAGGCGUUUGUGAUUUUACAAACUAUUUGACGCAGUCCUUUUUUUACGGUUUAUGUCCGUGUGGGAAAUUGCUACUUGGGUUUUAGAUUGAAAAGGGCGCGCUCUUUCUAAACGUGGCGUUGCUUAUGGGACCUCAGUAUACAGAAUUAGUCGAUGGCAAACAACGAAAAUGCUUUUAUGUAGUAAGUUACAGUGAUGAACCUUGCCUGGAGAUGGUCAUAUUUUUGUACGUAUCUUCAGUGUUGGUCUGAAAAUUUUUUGUUAUGGAUUUGGUUGGGGAGGGGGGGAGGGAGAGAGAGGGAGAGAUCAGAACAUGUAACACAUGCAGUUUACGAGACAUUAAAGCAAUGGAAACUGUUAUAACAGUCUUCCACAAUCAAAAUAGUUGCAAAUGCUUACGGGAGGCCGUAGCUAUAUAAUGAUAGAAGGGCAAUAUUUGGAAAGGUGCAUGGUCAUGGAGUUAAGGAGAUUUGACUAAUCAGCCAAUUUCCCGCCAAACAUACUGGUGUGGCCAGUGGCGCCCAAAUUGUGUUCGCUCGCUCCCGGCUGGCUCGACUGUUGGGAUGCGGUAAUGGAGUUAUUACUAAUGAGUUCAUCAUCUAUAUAGCCUGCUCGCCCCAACGUGACUGCAUUUCGCUUUUCAAAGACCCAUCAGUUACUUUUUGACCCUCUCGAAUCAGACUUUAUGUCCGUGAUGUGGUGAGGUCAGUCUACAAGCAGAGUCCAGAAAAACACCGACACUAGAGCUUUUCGUUCAAUCAAAACAUUUUUGGCUAUCGGGAAAAAAAGAGGGAGCUUAAAAUACCAAAAUAACAUGUCAUUUCAAAUUUCACUUUGUCACCGUUCGAAAAUCAUCGUCAAUCAGAAGGAAUGAUAAUUUACUCAAAUGGGGAGCGGGGGGGGAAUUCUUAACAGUUCCAGUUUGCUAGAAAAUUAAAAGUUACGAGAAAAUACUGGACGAACUGCAGAAUACAUGCAAGAAUGAGAAAGAAAAUAAAAAACACCUUUCUGUUCAAAGUCGGGUGAAACGUUUAAUAGCGUCAGGAAGACUGAACUUGAUUGAGGUUGUUCAUUUCACUUCCGUUCCAGCGUGCAGUUCUGUGCCCUUCUUAAAAAUAAUAGCUUCGCCUCCCACCGCUCAUUCCAUGUCAUAUUUUUCGGACUUUCAUUCAGUAAUGACGGUACGAUCAAGUAAUUUGACUUGAUGAGUUCUUUAUUUUCAUUUUAUGUGCUAGUUUUAUAU